AUGAAGGGCAUUCAAGAGGGUCCAUCAGGUCAGGCCCAGACCCCAAAGAAGAGAAAGGGUCAAGGUGCUGCUCCUUCUGUUCCGAAAAGGCAAAACGUGAAAAAGCAACAAGAUAGCGAUGAUGAUGCCCCUGUUUCUCAAAGGCAUCUCAAAGAUUUAUAUCAAAAGCUGGAUUCUCUUAUUGGCUCCAUCUCAUCAUCCUCCAACAUUACGUACUUCGAAGCUGCAGUUAAGGUGAUGCUCGAUACUUUAGUGAAAGAGCACGCUGCAAACCUUGAAAAGCCAAACAAAGCAGUGGAGAACUCUACUCAAUCUUUCAAGGAAUCGACCGAAAAAGUUGAUAAACUAAUCAUAGAUGCUCCGGCCUUCAUGACUGAUCUUAGGUCUGCUGCUGAUUCCAAUGUCUCAAAUGAGAAUAAAACCUCCAUCUCCUAUCAAAUUACGAAACUACAAGAGGAUUUGGUGGUUGAAAGCAAAAUCAUGGAUGAGCUCGCAUUAAAAACUACAAGGGUCAGGGUGUUGUCCACGAAGCUUACUUCUGCAAACAAUGAGAUCGUUAAGCUCAAGUCUGAACGUGCUGUCAUGAAAAGAUGCAUGUCGGAUGUUAACGCUCUUCUCUCUAAUCUGAUUAAGGCACAUGAUCCCAUGCUCCCCCUAACUACUUGCAAGGACCUUGCUAAAAAGCUCUGUCCUAUAGUGGCUAUGCUGAACAGACUCGAGGGUGUUUAG